CACUUCUCGAUCGAGAUAAACAUGUUUUCACGCAUCUUCCACUCCCCACUCGAAUAACAACAACUGAAGAAUAAAAUCGCUCAUGCGAAUACAUAUUAGAUAUGCAGUAUUUAUCGCGCCACUCCUCGUUGAACACUUUACAUUUCGCAAAAAAACGAUCGUUUUAACGUCAAAUUAACGCGAGUGCUAUAAUUAUACACAAUAUUACAAUAUUCAGUAAAAUGCAAAUAAGUAACGACCUCCUGAGUAAAAUCCUGAGCGGCGACACACCCUCCAAAAUAAAAAUUAUACACUGGCACAUCGAAAAGAACGCAUUUCCGCAAAGCAACAACCACACAUCGGAGCUCAACAGGCUGCUGGUCGAGUAUCAAAAAAAAGGUAAAACAUUCAAAAAAUCGUUCAUCUUAAAAGUACCAUCGGAACAUCCCUUGUACGAUAUCGGAAUUCAAUUCAAAUUGUACGAAAAAGAGUACCCGAUGUACACCGAAGUACUCGAAGAAAUGUAUAAAAUAGACGGCGAGCACAUUGGUGCCAAGUUAUACUACUCUGAUGAUAAAUACUCGCUGAUGAUGAAAGAUCUAACCUUCUCCGGCUACAAAGUAGUGGACAAAGUCAAGCAGCUGGACUACCAUCAAUGCUACUUGGUUUUCAGAAAACUGGCUAAAUUUCACGCGUUAUCAGUAAAGCUCGACAGACAUUCGAAAAUAAGCCCGACUUUGAAACAAGUCCCCUGGCUGGGAAAAGUGGAACUCGAAGAGCAAUGUAGAAUAUAUUUUAAUUACGCUUGCGAUCGACUUGCCCAAAGUAUAGAUUCGAAGUUCAAUCUUGAUGAGAAGAUCCUCCGCAUGAAAGACGACUUAUUCGACAAAGUACUGCAAGAAAUAACCUCAAACCAACUCACAUUCAAGGUACUAAGCCACGGAGAUUUAUGGUUGGGGAAUACGUUAUUCAAAUUCAAUAAAUAUGGCCACGCGAUGAAGGUUAAAUUCAUCGAUUUUCAAUGCUCAUCUUGGUCAUCUCCGGUCUUUGAUAUUUUACUUUUCACGUUGACCAGCAUGCGAUUCGAAGUUUUUGAAAAACAUUUCGAUUUUUUAAUGGAAACCUACAUCGAAACAUUGAACGAUACUUUGAAAUUUUUUCAAUGUGGUGAAUAUUCGUUAGAAGAGCUGCGUCGUGAUAUGGAUAUUUUUCACGGUUCGGUAAUCAUGAUCUUAUGCUGUCAAUUACCUCAAGCUCUAGCCAAUCCCGAAUGUCCUCUGAAUUAUAAAAAAUUUUACACGGAUGGUGUUGUUGACUUCAAGCUUUACGACGUAUGUUUCAAAAAUGAUACGUAUUUGAAAAUAUUGAAUAAAUGGAUUCCUCAUUAUGUUAAAAAAGGAUUGUUCGAUCGCUCAUAAAGAGGCAGAAUAUGGGGUUCCGGGGUUUAUUUUGAAAAGAAAGUUUCUGAAGACAACCAAAUCCAAGAUCCACUCAUGCAAAAUCUCUUAUUUCGAAGCUAAUUUGUAAAUUAAUAAUCUAUGAUUGAGACGUUUUGAGAUUCCAUGCCAUAAUAACAAUAAAUGAAAAAUAAAUAAAUAAAAAAAAAACAAUCCUUAUUCAAUGAA